AGCGAGUAACUUUGCUGGAUCCCGCGUUUGCUGAAAAGGGUGGCGUUUUAUAAACCAGGAAAACGGCUUUUUUUAGUCAACCUCAUCCAUCACGGAAAUACAGAGAAGAGAAAUGUUGGAGCAAAUAUAGGCAGGGAGGAAAAAGAGGGAGAAAGAGAGAGGUCAGAGUGGAAAUUAAAGAAACGGAUAGAUUUGUUUACUGAUUGGGAAGGAAGAUCAGAGAGAUCUAUUAGGAAACCUAGCUUUAAUUAAUGGCUUCCUCGACAUCAGAACCAGCACGAGAUCCUCCCGUACCUAAACCAUCACUGGUACCGCGUAUUCCGAUCCCCACUAAGCCAACUUGGAUCCUCCCGUACAGGACGCAGGCACUUCAGCAGUUGUACACCAUUGGGAAGAAGCUGGGGCAGGGGCAGUUCGGUACAACCCACCAAUGCACCGAGAACGCCUCCGGGAAUCUGUAUGCCUGCAAGAGCAUCCCGAAGAAGAAGCUGUUCUGCAAGGAGGACUAUGAGGAUGUGUGGAGGGAGAUUCAGAUAAUGCACCAUUUGUCGGAGCACCCAAAUGUGGUCAGAAUAAAGGGGACCUAUGAGGAUGCGCUGUACGUCCACAUAGUCAUGGAGCUGUGCGCAGGCGGGGAGCUUUUCGAUAGGAUUGUGGAGAAAGGGCAAUACAGCGAGAGGGAGGCUGCUAAGCUCAUCAAGACCAUUGUUGGGGUGGUGGAGGCUUGCCACUCUUUGGGGGUCAUGCAUAGAGAUCUCAAGCCUGAGAACUUCCUGUUCCUUAGCUCCGAUGAGGAUGCUGCUCUCAAGGCCACUGAUUUCGGCCUUUCUGUUUUCUACAAACCUGGGGAAACAUUCUCAGAUGUCGUUGGAAGUCCUUACUAUGUGGCACCAGAAGUACUAUGCAAGCAUUAUGGACCUGAAUCAGAUGUAUGGAGUGCUGGGGUUAUAUUGUACAUUUUACUAAGUGGGGUUCCACCUUAUUGGGCAGAAACUGAGGUGGGGAUUUUCCGGCAGAUAUUGCAAGGGAAACUAGAUUUUGAAUCUGAACCAUGGCCCGGAAUUUCAGAUAGUGCCAAAGAUUUGAUUCGUAAAAUGCUUGAUAGGAAUCCAAAACGGAGGUUGACUGCCCAUGAAGUUUUAUGCCAUCCUUGGAUUGUGGAUGACAGUGUUGCCCCUGACAAGCCUCUUGAUUCUGCAGUUCUUUCACGCUUGAAACAGUUCUCUGCAAUGAAUAAACUUAAAAAGAUGGCUUUACGCGUGAUUGCUGAAAGGCUAUCUGAAGAAGAGAUUGGUGGACUCAAACAGCUUUUUAGAAUGAUUGAUACAGAUAAUAGUGGAACUAUAACAUUUGAUGAACUAAAAGAGGGCUUAAGGAGAGUUGGCUCAGAGCUAAUGGAAUCUGAGAUAAAGGAUCUUAUGGAUGCUGCAGACAUUGACAAUAGCGGGACAAUAGACUAUGGAGAGUUUCUAGCUGCUACAGUACACUUGAACAAGUUAGAAAGAGAAGAGAACUUGAUGUCAGCAUUUUCUUUUUUCGAUAAAGAUAGUAGUGGUUACAUAACCAUUGAUGAGCUUCAGCAAGCCUGCAAAGAAUUUGGUCUAAGUGAGCUUAACCUUGAUGAAAUGAUCAGCGAAAUUGAUCAAGAUAAUGAUGGGCAGAUAGAUUAUGGAGAAUUUGCUGCAAUGAUGAGGAAUGGCAAUGGAGGUGUUGGGAGGAGAACCAUGCGAAACACUCUAAAUUUGAGGGAAGCCCUGGGACGACUUGUAAUAGAGAAUAAUGAUAACAUCUAGCAAACUCAUCAUUGGGUAACUGUGACUUCCUAGCAAACUGUCAAAAUGAAUUUUGAUAGCAAAUCUUUUGUAGCUUCCAGUUCGAUGCUGUAAUUGGUAGUUGAGAGUUGAGAGUUGAGAGUUGAAGGGUUGGCUUUGUACUUUAUUUGUUCUCUUCCCUAGUUUAAGAGUUAAGACGGACGGCUACUACAUUUUCUGAAUCUUGAAUCACUAGACCAUAUUCCAUCAUGGAUGGGAUUUUGUUUACAUCGUAUAUGCUCUUCUGUAUUAUUUUGUUUGACAUAAAAAGCUAGUUACUAGUUGAAAACUUGAAACUGUAAAAUAACAUAUGAGAGCAUUGUUUCUUAAUGGGGAAAAAUAUAAUUACAUUUAA